UUUCAGGUCAGCAUUAUAACGAAAAUCGUCGCGUAUUAACAUCAAGACUAUAUUUUGAAGAGUCAAGUUACUGAUCUAAUUGCUUGCGGAAGUUUAUAUUACUACACAAAUUAGAACAGCUGAAGAAAACAAACUAUCUCAAUGUACAAACUAUAAUCGUCAGUUGUACCUUCAAUACUUACGCACUUGUACUUAUUGUACUGCUGAUUCGAUAAACAAGGAAUACAAGCAAAAGAAUGUAAAAUUCAUUAAAUUACAAAAAGUGAGAUAUCAAACACAGAAGUUCAUUGGCUAGCAACUUGAAUGAAAUACAUUGUUAUAUGUAAAUAAUAACACUCAGGGAAAUAAAGAUCGCUAUUUAAGCUGAUUUGUCGUUGACUUUAUAUAACUUCUUCAGUUGAUAGAGAGAGAAAUUUGUUGAUUUAUUUGCUGAGUUAAUGCAGCAACAGCAGCGUCCAAGAACUAAAUCAAAGAAUCUUGUGGUAUAAAAUGUAAUAUCUGGGUUGCCUUCAAAGGUAUAGUGACUAGUAUAGAUGUGUAAAAAUUUAAAGCAAGUACGACCUGUAAUCUGAAAUAUUUGUUUCAAACUGAUAGGGAAUUACAGAAAUUAAUGUUUUUCAAUCAUAAUCAACGCCCACUGCAAUAAAAUGGUUGGUACGCAAGAACAAACUUUGAAGUCCCACUCAGGAAGUAAUCUAACGCACAUACUCAACCAUCACGACAUAACUGCAGUAGAUAAGAUAAUCACAAAUACUGUUGAAGGUACAAUUACCGAUACAUCCAUUGGGAACAAUGUUACUAAUCAUUCAACGAAUGAAGUUGUCAAUCAUAAUAGUGACUUUAUAACAGACAUCUCUCAUGCAAGAAAAACAAUCACUUAUGCAGAUACCACUGUAACCGUGAUAAAGAACGCUAACGAAAAUGUCAUCUCGAAAAUUGAUUUCUGUUCGCGGAUCCAAUCACAAAAACAAUAUAUUCAUAACUGUGGCAACAGUGAUACUUGUUACAAGCAAAAUAUUGUUCGACAAACAAAAGUGUUCCAAGAAGAUUCCACCGAUACUAUCAAUGGGUUAUCUGCCCAAUUUCAAAUAUCUCUGCCUGGACAAAUGGAUAAAAACAUCAGUCCUGACGAACAACUUAGUAUUGAUAAUGAAGAAAAAGGAAAGAUUGAUGCAGUUGACAAGAGUUGGUAUUCCUCUAAAUCUCUUACGGUAUUAUCACUGGGAAGGAUGAUUUCUACGUCUGGUGGUUUACCAUCUGCAUCCCCUUCGACACCAAUUGCGACUUUAAAAAGUCAAAUCUGUGUCGGUUUACCAACAGAUACAACAUGUAAUAAACCAUGUAGUGAAACGUUACCAAAAAUUGCUGCAGUAGAUGGUCAAUUGGUGGAAGUAUCUAAAGUUGGAGAAACAUUUUUGCUGCAUGAGCAGAUCAUUAUGUCAGGGCAGCAAAAGUGUGCUUUACAAGAGAAACCAAAGUCAUUAGUGGUAUCCCCGCAACAAGUAAUGAUAUUAUAUAUGCAUAAAUUAACUCCAUAUGAACGUGCUGAAAUAUUAGCGUAUCCGCAUAUAUAUUUUAUUGGUGCCAACGCUAAAAAACGAUCAGGCAUUUUCGGCCCAAAUAAUUCUGACUAUGAUAACGAACAGGGAGCCUAUAUCUAUAUACCACAUGACCAUGUGGCCUAUCGGUAUGAAAUGCUUAAAGUGAUAGGCAAAGGGAGCUUUGGACAGGUAAUUAAAGCAUAUGACCAUAAGACACAUGAACAUGUCGCUUUAAAAAUGGUCCGAAAUGAAAAACGCUUUCAUCGACAAGCGCAGGAAGAAAUUCGCAUUUUGCAUCAUUUGCGUAGACAAGACAGGUAUAAUACAAUGAACAUAAUCCAUAUGUUUGAUUAUUUUACAUUUCGGAACCAUAUGUGCAUUACUUUUGAGCUGCUCAACAUCAAUUUAUAUGAGUUGAUAAAAAAAAAUGGUUUCAAAGGUUUUAGCCUUCAACUUGUGCGAAAAUUUGCACAUUCGCUAUUACAAUGUUUAGAUGCAUUAUACAGGAAUGAAAUUAUUCACUGUGAUAUGAAGCCUGAAAACGUAUUACUUAAGCAGCAAGGACGUUCCGGCAUAAAGGUCAUCGAUUUUGGUUCAUCAUGCUAUGAAAGUCAACGUGUUUAUACUUACAUUCAAUCUCGUUUCUACCGCGCACCUGAAGUUAUACUUGGAUGUAAAUACGGUCGCGCAAUUGACAUGUGGUCAUUUGGAUGCAUUUUGGCUGAGUUGCUUUCUGGGCAUGCCCUUUUUCCAGGGGAAAAUGAAAGUGACCAGUUAGCAUGUAUAAUUGAAGUUCUUGGUAUACCUAACAAAAACUUGCUUGUCUAUGCCAAACGCGCAAAGGCUUUCUUUAACCCAAAGGGAUAUCCUAGAUACUGUACGAUACGCACAAUGCCUGACGGUACGAUCGUUUUAACUGGUGGCCAAUCACGUAGAGGAAAGAUUCGUGGACCGCCAAGUUCUAAAAGCCUGUCAAAUGUUUUAGAUGGUUGCAAAGACGCAUUAUUUUUAAAUUUUAUACGCAGUUGUUUAGAAUGGGAUCCACAAAAGCGAAUAACACCAGCAGAAGCCCUUAAGCAUCCGUGGUUGCGCCGACGUCUUCCAAGGCCCCCUAAUUAUGUUAGUUAUUCUGGUGAUAGCGAAAAUAUUAAUGGUGACAAUAGAAACAAUCGCGAUCAUACUCCUAUAAACGGUAAAGAUUACUAACGAGUAUCUACUACUUCUCAGUAUCUGGAUUCUACAGCACAAUUUUGCGAGCUUCUCAGGUUUAGUACGUCUCUAUAAUUAAAUCGUUGAAGGCAUAUAAAGUGGACAAUGAUGCUCAUGGCUCCUCCAUAUAGUAAAUAUGUUUCGCCCCUAAAAAUUUUAUAAUUAUGAACGUUUUAGUAAUAUGUAAUGACUUUUAUGUUGUAGGUCAUUUUAAGACAACAGGGAACAUGCUUUCAAAACAAUGCAUUUCUUUCCAUAGUGUUAUAAGUAACAUGAAUAAAGACGAACGUAAAAGUUAUUUAAAUGAAGGACAGAAAAAAAUUAAUUAAAAUUAAGGGAGAAUAUUCUUUAUUCAACAAGAUCGAUAAUGCACUACAUAUUUGGUUUCUUGGUCGAGUAGGUGUAACAAUAAAAUAUUUCACCUCAAAGUGGGCGAUGUCACACCUAUUGUGAAACUUUGAUACUGCAUCUGUACCUAUGUAGAUCUUCUGUUGUCUUAUCUCUACUUUUAAUUUUAAUGACUCUGAUGUUUUUGGUUUGACAGUUGUUGCAUUUUUAGCAAUUUAGAGCAUAAUCUUUGUUAAGAAGGUAAGAGUGGUUAUUAUCCGAUUUUACCACCGUAUCAAAGAAGAAGUAGUUCUUCUUCUUCGCGUGGACACCUCUAACGCAGUUAUAGCCGAAAGUACAACAGUGAGUCAAUCGUUAUUCCUUUACGCUGUUUGGCGCCAAGGAAGUGUAGCCAGGUUCUUCUCCACCUGGUCUUUCCAAACGGAUUGGAGGUUUUCGUAGCCGCUGUCUUUUCAUUGGCUUAACUACGUCAAUGUGUGGUAUAUCUCGAAUAGCUCAUUGUUCCAUCGACUGCGAUAUUCAAGGUUGCCGAUGCGCAAAGGACCUUGGCUGUGAAUCUUCCGAAGAACCUUUGUCUCGAAAACUCGUCUCAUCAAAAUCCGACUCAUCAAAUAUUGUCUUCGUCCAUGCUUUUGCACUAUAUAGUAUACCAGGACGGGGUAAUGAGUGACUUGUAGAAGUUGGUCCUUGUUCAGUCCGUAGUAGCUCCUGUUGGCAAGAGUUAUUCUGCGUUAGAUUUCGAGGCUGACGUUGUUGUUGGUGUUCAUGGCGAUUCCAAGAUAGACGAAAUUACCUGUGACGACUGUUUGUUUCACGACAGAAGAUAUUUCGUCUACCAGACGUAUUGACUUCGUUUGAUUAUCCAAUUUGGAGAAAGUAGAACUAACCACGCGGUUGUUGAUGUUAAUUAUAUCAACAUCAUCAGCUAUUCACUCUUAUAAAAGAUUGUGUCUUCUCGAUUCAGCUCUUCAGCUCGAAUUAUUUUCUCCAGCAGUAGAUUAAAGAAGUCGCACUAUAGGCUGCCACCUUUUCUGAAACAUAGAUCUUGACGAAGCUUUUGGUAUUGCUCAAAUUUGAAAUCAGCCGUAUUAGUUAUGCGGGGAUACCAAAUUCAGACAUUGCUUCAUAAAAGCAGCUCCUUUUCGUGCUCUCAAAAGCAGCUUUAAAAUUGAGGAACAGGUGAUGUGGGUUAGUCUUCUUUUCACUUUUUUUUUAUAAUUUGGGGCUUGAGGCAUCCCACAGUAGUUGGCACAGAUUGUGGAUUUCCAUGUAUUACCUCUCUCGGCCAGCUUGUGAAACUCCUCGUGCUCACGCAUUUCGGCCUCUCUCUUUUUUUUGUCUGCAAAUGCAUCUGGCCGAGAUCGCCUUACGACAGUUCCCUUAUAUAGAGUUGCUGAUGCGGGCUCUCAGAAAGCAAAAGUGUAAACCGAGUAGAAAAUCGUUCGACGGUUUUUAUUACAGCUUUACGUCGUCGAACCUUCCUUGUGUUUAUUGCCGUGCAUUUUUUGUAGCACAAAGACUUCGUAACUUCGCUGCAACAAGAUAGUCCGAGUCAAUGCUCUCACAACAUGAUCGAUUGGAUUGGUGGCGUUUCGAUCCGGAGACAGCCAGUUGGUGAAUUUUCCUAUACUGGAAUGUACUACUACAGAUAACCAUGUUUUUGGUCCCGGCGGAGUCGAUUAGCCUCAACCCAUUAGGGGAUGUUUCAUCAUAGAGCCUGAAUUUAUCGGCCGUUGUGCUAAAGAUAUCUUGUUUGCCCACCCACCCAGAAAAUCGUAAUCUCUAAUACGUUUGCGUCGUCAUCAAAAGAAGCUCUUUGGCUCUUUCUAUUGGGGUUAAAUGUUGAAGAUACGUUUCAUCUAUAUACAAGUACCGUCUCAAAAAUUUGAAAUACUUACGACAAGACAAGUACAGUUUUCGGUUAAGGCUUUGACAGAUGUGAAUAAGUAUUACAAAAACAAAAUUGUGCUAUCCAAAUUCCGUUGGUGUCAUACUUGACGUAGAUUGUAAGCGCUUUAAUAAUUCGAGAAAUAAAUGUAACAUAUUUUAUAGAAUAA